AUGCCAGUGUCAGAAGAGGGCUUUGCUCCAGUGCCCCCGGCCACUAUGCACGAGGAGCCCCGGCACACAGACUUCCAGCUGGUGAGAGUCAAGAGCACAUGGUGCAGGAUCAAGAAAGGAGAAGCUCUUUCCAACUGUGAGGACAAGAUAACUCUCUCUGAAGCCAAAAUGCUGCGAUUGUCUUCCCACUCCGAUUUGUACAUGAAAUCUUUGUGUGCAAAAGCUCAUACGGACGCUUGCGAGAAGGCAGCUGCAGGUGGCCGGGGCUGGGGAACAAGUCCAGAUGUGCAGAGUACAAAAGAGGAGGAUAAUGAUUACAAACCAUGUUUUCUGAUCCCUCCCAGAGGUGAAUGUGUCUCCAAGAGUGGGAUUUCCUGGACAAUCGAAGCUCCCAUCUAUUUUUGCUACAAAGUGGUAGAAACAUUCGAUAUUCUGGAUCCCUCUAACACCACUCUCCUCUGGGGUCACAUCACUGACCCCCAGCAGCUCGAGGUAGCCACUAGUGGCAAAAAGAGGCUGAGGCGCUUCAUUGUCAUAGACGAAGUCGUUGAUGAACUUUACGGCUCCAAAGUCAGGCAGUACUUUGAAGAGAAUGACGUUCAGUACAAAAUCCUCGCCCUGCCGACCACCGAAGAAACGAAAUCCAUGGACCUGGUCUUGAACAUCCUGCAAGAAGUGCAGAACUUCAGCAUCGACAGGCGAACGGAGCCCAUCAUCGCCAUCGGAGGCGGCGUCUGCCUGGACAUCGUGGGACUGGCCGCAUCCCUCUACAGGAGACGCACGCCUUACAUUCGCGUCCCAACCACCCUCCUCUCCUACGUUGAUGCCAGCGUGGGAGCAAAGACCGGGGUGAAUUUCCUCCAGUGCAAGAACAAGCUCGGGGGCUACACUCCCCCAGUAGCUAGCUUCCUGGACAGGUCCUUCAUUCAGAGCAUCCCUCGACGACACAUCUCCAACGGCCUCGGCGAAAUUUUAAAGAUGGCACUCAUGAAACACAAAGGGCUCUUUGACCUGCUCAAGAGCCAUGGGAAAUACCUGCUGGACACCAAGUUCCAGUCUUGCAGUGGCUCUGCUGGCCACGGCGAUGCUGCACUGCAGACCACCAGGAUUGCCAUCGAAACCAUGCUGGAAGAGCUGGCUCCCAACCUCUGGGAGGACGACCUGGACAGACUGGUGGAUUUUGGUCACCUUAUAAGCCCAGAACUAGAAAUGAGGGUUUUGCCGUCGUUGAUGCACGGCGAAGCCGUGAACAUAGACAUGGCCUUCAUGACGUACGUGGCCCACACGCGGGGGCUCCUCAGCGCCGGCGAGAAGGAGCAGAUCAUCCAGUGCAUGCGGGGCCUGGAGCUGCCUGUCUGGCAUGGUGGCUGCAGCUGGGCCCUCAUCAAGACGGCCCUGAGGGAGCGCCUGAAGCACAGCGGGGAGCAGCCCCGCAUGCCGCUGCCCACCGGCCUCGGCGUGGCAGACAUUUUCAAUGACACCAGCGAGGAGACCCUGGAAAGAGCAUACAAGCUGUGGGUCAGGGACUGCAAGACGGCGCUGGAGGAAGGGCCGGCUGCCCUCUGA